UUCAGGUGGUUUUCCUGUGUCCUGAGGGAUAUGUAUAAAAAGGUAAGCAACACAACUGUCUGCAUUUCCAGUAAAUCUUCUCAAAAGCCUACUUUGGUGACCUGCAGCUCCUUGAGAAUAUGAAGCUGAUUGCCUUUUGCCUGCUUGCAGUCUGCUGCUACUCUUUGGCCAACACAGAGACGAAUGGGGCUGGAAGGUCAAUCAAGAGCAUAAAAUUACAAGAAGUCCUGAACUUUUUGAAGGAAACGAGAGAAAACCUGCAGCCCAGUGAGCAACUGCUGAACACUCCACCACAGGACAUCGAGGACUGCUGCUGUCUGCCAGCCCUGGAGUGCUUUCGGAAAAACCUGCUGGAGCAACUCAGCGGUGCAGAGGGGGAGCGAAGGAAGCUUUUGAAGAGCCUGAGGCAUCCUCUGACCGCAAGCGGUCUGAACUUUUGUACUUCAGCAAACAAUCAGACCACGUGCCAAUCCUGUGACUCUCAUCCCAAGCAGAAUGUGGCAACAUUUUUCAACAGAAUGGAGACUCUCAUUCAAAGUGCCAUCACCAGACUGAAUAUGAACGGAGAAUAGGAGAGCACAUACUCACGACCAAGAAUGAAUGUAAAGAAGACACUAUGAUGAGAAGAUAUUAUAAUGUUCUAACUUUUUUAAUAUUUAAAUUAUUCAGUAUUUAUUGAGAUGAUGUUGGUGGUGAUCCCACUCAAGCUAUGUCGUUUGUGAGAAAAUAAGAAAGCUACUUUGCUGCCACCUUGUGGACAUGCCAGUGAAGUUGUUUCCCCGUCUUUUUCACUGAUAGUGAAAGUUAAUUUAUCUGGUAGUUCUCAAAGAAUUGUACGUAUUUACAGACAUUUAUACUAUGUAUGAUGAGGCUUA